AUGGUCCUUAGAAGCAUAUGGCAAGAAGAGACCCUCGUAGAUAUCAUGGACAUGAUACUGAAAAGAGUUGGCAUUGGUGACUAUGUACGUAUGACUCUCGUUUGCAAGUCAUGGAGAUCAAUGCUUGCUCAUCUCAAGCCAUCACAUCAUCUUACCGCCCCUUGGCUUUUACAGAUAAAAGAUUGCGUGUAUAACGAUCAUAUAGGAUUCAACUUCUAUAGUUUGUGUGAGGGUCGUUUUUAUUCUUUCAAAUUGCCUACUCAUAUCUUGAAUAAAUAUCCUAAGGUAUCUCAUGGUGUUACGUUCUGUUGUGCAACUUCUAAUGGUUGGUUGGUUCUUGUUGCUGGACCGGACCAUAACCCUGAUAUGUUCCUUUUUGACCCUAUUUCAGAAAUUGAUGUCAGACUCCCUCCAUUGACGACAAUACCAUUCUCCUCAACAUAUAUUGAGGAGCAUUGUAGAAUAGCAUGCAUGAUCUAUACGGUUUACGUAUUUUCAAUCUCGGAUGAUCCGACUAGAAAUCUUAUAACUGUCACGGUUUUUGGGGAUGUACUGAAUGAUGAAGAAAUCUUGGCAUUCUGUAAUUGUGAUAUUGGAGUCAAAGAAGAAGAGAGAUCGUGGAAGAUAUUUGAUGCAGAUGGAGCAAUUAGCGGCUAUAAUACUGAGAGCAUGUUAUUUCAUGAUGGUGUGUUAUACAUUCUUAUUUCAAAUAAGGAUUAUGAUGAUUUUAACAAUUUUAAGUCAAGUCAGGAUGAUAAGAGAAUCGGUGACGAAAUCAAUCAUGUUAUCAUUCUCAAGACCGACUGUUGUGAAGUGAAGAUGAAAAUAAUUGAUAUAGUAAAACACAACACAGCUCCUCAUAUUCGGCCUUGUGAUAAUAAGCUUCGCUUUAUUGCUUAUUCUGGCCUAAGAUAUGUGUAUUUGGCUAAGUCAAUUACGGGGGAGUUGCUUAUAAUUUGGAACAACACAGAUCCGUUGUCUGAACAUGAGGAUGAUUAUGAACUUCAUAUCUAUCAUACUAGUAAAUUAACAAUCGAGCGAUAUCAAGGUAUCUCUAAAACAAGUAAGGAUUUUGAAUCUAUCACUAGUUUGGAUGAUCAAGCACUAUUUGUGUCGCCAAAUAGCAACUCUUUCUCAAUUCCUGCAAGAAGUGAUCGAAAUGGAUGUCAAGCAAAUUGCAUCUAUUUUACUAUGGAUGGCAUUGAUGCUCUCUACAAGAAAUCUUUAACUCUUUAUCGUCAAUCGGGUAUUUACUUAAUGCAAGAAGAAAGGAUCAAACGACCUUUUCCUAAUCCACCAUUGUGGUUUCAACCACAACUUCGCAAUUAA